AGAGUUAAAUGUUGGAUGCAUCUUGACAAUUGUGGAGGGACUCCCCCCUCCCACAUCCCCUGCCUCCCUGCUGAAGGAUGCAGGACGGUCCUGAGCUCUGACUCCUGUCAGCUUCGCGCAGAGAAGCAGCCGCGAUCGCAGCGGAGCUGUGGAUCCAUCUCCAUGCUCAUGAGCCGCUAAAACCUCCUGUCUCAGGUUAAAAUGAAGGACCGCUUUCAGUCGGGAUAAAGUCAGCGAUGGCUCGCUUUAAGGGGGGAUUUUCCCGGAUCUGCCGAUGAGGUUUCAUUCUCAGUCCGACCGGAUUCUCCCAGCGUGAUGGAUACUAAUGAACUGCCAGUGUUUAAACUUUUUUUUGUUGGGCUUUUUGUUAAUGCUUGGAUGAUGAGAGGGUUAUCAGCCACAGACACUAUCAGUGUUGAGCCCACCUCCCCCUGGAGGAGGAGAAUCUGCAAUGAGUCUCGUCUACAGUGGGAGGUGGAGGUCUGCGGGGAGGACUUCAAGCGAAACAUGGCCCACAUAGAUCCACAGCACUGGUGCAACCUCACGCACUUCAUCAGUGAGUACCACCUCUUCACCCUCUGUACAGAGAAUAAGUCCCAAAAUGUCAACUGCUACUGGCCCAAUCCCCUGGUGGAGAGCUACAUCAUCCGCAUACACAAGCACUUUUUCUCUAACUGCACCUUGGAGCAGGUGGUGUGGUUUGACCCCCCGGACGACACCCUUGCCAUCCUCAUCCUCAUCCCGGUUUUCCUCACCUUAGCCAUGAUAGCUCUGGUUGUUUGGUGCAGCAAGAGAAGCGAUAUUCUGGCUUAGCUCACCUAAGAGGACAAGAGAGGGUGAAUUGAAAAUGUCACUUUUAAAGGACAUCCUUCUGCUUGGUCAAAUUAUCCUCAAAGGAUGUGGAUGUUGUAGAAAAAACGAGAAUCAAAAGCUUUUUCAGUGGAGUUUUAGUACAGAUUAAUGUGUCAUUUAUUCGCUUAGUGUUCAACAAGUGUUUUCAACACAAUAUGUCUCCACACACAUCUGAUGUGUCAAGAUAUCAUAUCAUUCUGAUGAAUUAGUUGAUGAAUUACAUCAACUAAGCUUAGCAUGAUUAAAAACAAAGUCACUUAACUCUCCUGGUUAGCUAAAAAAAAAAGCCGUAAUCCUUUAACACCAGAGAUGUUGCCGGCGACACCUAAAAAAAACAUGCUCUUUGACCUACCGUAACACAUGAUCAAUGGAAAUUAGCUGAUUCUGACCGAUAAGUGGCUUUUUAGGUCAGCUUUGCACCAAUAUGUAACACAUUACAAAUGUAAAGUGUUGCAAAACGGCACAAAAAGGCUUUUUGUCCAUGACAGAAUCAGCUGGUUUACGUUGCUUGCAUAAACACUUCACUACUGUCAAGUGUUUAAGGCUGCUUUUGGGCUGGAAUUACAUUAAUUGCGUAAACAAUUGAAGAGUUAUGCUCGUCAAAAGAAUGUAUACACUGGAGCUAAAGCUCUGGUGUUAAGGGGUUAAAACGAUCGUCUGUCCAAUAAAGGCUUUUCGCUUGGAUUGAAGAGGUGGUUUCAUUAAACACAUACAUCUGAGAGUUUUAAAAAGCCUUUCAAAAUAUGUCCCCUCCUCAGUCAUGCUAGCUUUUCUUUCCAUCAUUUCAGUGUAAAUGCUAAGCUAACUAGCUGCAAGAUGCCUGUCGCCUCAUUUGUCUUCUUGGCAGGAAACAGACUAAAGUACUGCAAUGCUUCUUUGAGAAACUAAAAAAAAACUUUUUUUGGUCUAAUUCCUGGGAGGAUUUGACCAGCUGGACAAAACUGUGAUUCAUCCCUGAAACUUUUGGAUCCAGACUUCAGACCUCAGAGAUUCCUGUCAGAGCACUGUAUCUACGCUGAAGGCCAAAGGACGCCUGGUGUCACUGAUUGAACUUUAAAGCUUUGGGAAAUAAGACCCAAUGAGAUAGUUGUAAAACACCCCAAACGGAUGGUUACCACUGGAAUAGUCACACUGGCCAAAGACGUCUGUACUAUUCCAAUACUUUCAGGAUUCAAACUUUCUGCGCUCCCCAAAGGACUGUGUCUGAGGAGUUUAACUUAUAAAAUACUGUUGUUAAUAAACUGUUAUUAAUUACAUGUGGGGUUCUCAACAGAUGCAAUAAUUAUGAACUGACACUGAGACCUCAUACUGUACAGUUCUGCUCUGCGUCUUCUGCUGUCUGCUGUAUCUGUGUUUGCUCUCCAGUACCACUUUCAUUCAUAACAAGUUAGAAAAAAUCUCUGUGUUUUAUUGCUUCUUUGAAACACUGCCUUUUACUUUCUAUUGAACCAUCACUCCAUCUGCCAACUCGCACCUACGUAUACUGUUAAUAAAGGUGGUUUUGUUAAUAAAAAAAUGUGUUACCGGGC